AUUGGUAAAUUUAUUCAAGAUAAUGCUUCAACACUUGGUGAGUGUAAAAAGCGAAUUUUUCCUACUGGCUAUUUCAAUAUCAGCAAGAAGCUUCUAGCUAUUCAAAGCGCUCGAUGUAGCUUAUUUUGUUUUGAAGGGUCAGUUCAUUUGAAAGGAUCAUUAGCCAGGAUUGUUACUUGCACUAACAUGACCUUAUAUCAUAACUGUGAAAAUAUCAUGCCUUACAGUCUUUGGUCAUGA